UCAGUAUCCUGGGUACCUGGAUCACUGUUGACAACUUCCUGUAAACUGGACCUGACAGACUACCCGUUUGACCAUCAGAUCUGCACAGUGCAGAUUGUGGCUAUGACCCUCACGACAAAGGAAAUGACGUUUACGGCCUCUGUUGACAAAGCUGGGUUGUUAUUUUUUACGAGCAACGGCGAGUGGGAUUACCUGGGCUCAAACGUUACAGCUUCCCAAAUAGAAACAGGAUUUUGGAACUUUUCCUCCGUUAAUAUACAAUUUUUCGUAAAGAGGAGACCCACCUUUCUCCUCAUCAACAUCAUCCUCCCUGUCGUGUUUCUCUCUUUCCUCAAUCUGCUCGUCUUCGUCAUCCCAGUGGAGUCUGGGGACAAAAUCAGCUAUGGUAUCACAGUACUUCUUGCACUGUCUGUCUACAUGAGCAUCGUCAGCUCCUUACUGCCCAGCUCCUCACUGACCACACCAAAGCUGACCCUCUACCUCUUCAUCCUCCUCAUCAUCUCCAUGCUCACCGUUAUCGACAGCAUCGUCAUUGUUGUUCUCGACAAUUUAGAGGAGAAACAGGUCGUUCAUCUCAAGGCUCAAGAAAAUUUUCAAUCAGCUGUCAGCAAAGUCAAAAUCUUACAAAGGGCCGUUACUCAAGUUUCAAAUAUGACAAUGGAUAAAAUCCAUGUCCUAUCACAAGGACAGCAAUCUCUUGAAAAUGUCUCGGAAAUGAUGUCAUUCACCGAUGAUGUACCGUCGUCUCAUUCCCUCACGGAGAAAUCAGCCGAUGAAGAAAAAUAUCGUGAGACACCUCGCAGAAACAAGUACAAGAUGAUAGGCAAACACAUAGACGCCAUCUCGUUCGUUGUGUUUUUUGUCAUCUGGAUCUCUGUGACUCUGGGCUUCUUGUUUGACAUCGCAGUCUAGAGUCACAAAAAUAUCAACUUUUGUAUCUAUGUGACUCUUUGCUUCCUUCGUUUGUGUUUUAAAUUAAGAUACCACAAUUUUAAAUUCAAAACUGCCAUUAUUAAUUUUGCUUAUAAUAUCAAGAGAG